GCGAACAACAAAAUGUUACCAAAGCUAGGCACGUUUGACAUCGUAACCUCACAUUUGGUACUGUAAUUACUAAUUUUUAGAACUUCUAAAAUGUCCAAAAUACUUGAAGACGAUUCUGACUCAGAAAUUGAAUUAAACAUAAAAAACGAAUAUGCGAAGAACUACGAUACGUGGAGGAGAAAAGAAGAGCUCAAUAAAUUUAAAACUAAAUAUGGAGAAGAACUGCUGGACGACGAUUCAACUUCUUCUGAUGAUGACGAGGAAGGCGUCGAGUUAACGGAAGAAAUAGAAAAACAGUUUUUUAAAACGUUAUCAUGUUUGAAGAACAAAGAUCCGCGGAUAUAUGAUGAAAAUGUGAAAUUUUUUGAUGAUUCGGAAGAUAAACAAGUAAAUAAAAAGAAGACCAAAAAAGAAAAGCCUUUAUAUAUAAAUGAUUAUGAAAGAGAGAUGAUUUUAAAAACAAAUGGAAAAUUUAGUGACAGUGAGGAAGAAGAAAAUUCACGAUCUGUUUCACCUACAUAUGUUGAGGAACAAAAGAAAAUUAAAAAAAGUUUUAAACAAGCAUUGAAUGAAAUGUCUGACAAUGAAAAUGAGGAUGGGGAAUGGGGUGGCAUACUUAAAGUAAGGCAUAAAACUGAAGAAGAGAAACAGAAAGAAGAAGCUGAAUAUUUAGAAUGGUUGGCGGGACAGAAAGACCAAAUUGAUGAUAAAGAAGCAGAGGCCGAUUUGAAACCUCUUAAGGAUUAUUGGAAUAAUCCAGAGUUAGAUGAAGGGGAAAAAUUUUUGAGGGAUUACAUUCUACAGAAAAAAUUUUUGAGCCAAGAAGAUGAUAAUUAUAUUCCAACAUAUGAAGAAAUAAUACAUGAUUCUGAUAAGGAUUUAUCAGAGGAUGAAGAUGCAAUAGAAAAACAACAAGAAUUUGAACACAAGUAUAAUUUUAGAUUUGAGGAACCUGAUCAAGAAUUUAUCAAACGUUUUCCAAGAACUAUGGAACAUUCUCUAAGAAAAACAGAUGAUAAGAGGAAACUUAAGAGGGCUGAAACUAAAGAGAGAAAACAGAAAGAAAAGGAACAAAAGAUGCAAGAAUUACAAAAACUUCAAGAACUAAAAAAAAAAGAAAUUGAAGAUAAAAUUCAACAGUUAAAAGACAUCACGGGAAAUGAUGACAUAGAAUUUAAAGAUGAAGAUUUAGAGGGAGAUUUUGAUCCUGAAGCUCACGACAAAAAAAUGCAGAGUUUAUUCAAUGAUGAAUUCUACAAAGGACCUGAAGAAAAUGUCAAACCUGUAUUUCCAGAACUUGAUGAGUACUUAGAACUAGAAAACUGGGAACGGUGGGAAGGAGACAAAGGUGAAGCAGGUGAAUUAAGUGAAGAUAAUGUACCUCACUGUGAAGAUGAAGACUUUAAUAUGGAUUGUGAUUAUGACCCAAAAGCUGCAGCGAAACAAGAAUUAAUAGAAAACACGAAAGGUAGGAAAAAACGUAAAAGAAAAUCUCUUUUUGCUAAAGCUGUCAGCCAACCAAAACCGGUGUUUGAUCCUAAUGACAAAUCAUAUGAAGAAUAUUUAGAUGAAUAUUACAAGCUUGAUUGUGAGGACAUAAUAGGUGAUAUACCUUGCAAAUUUAAAUACAGAAAAGUAGCCCCAAACGAUUUCGGAUUAACUGUUGAAGAAAUAUUAAUGGCAAAAGAUCGUGAAUUAAAUAAGUGGUGUUCCCUAAAAAAAGCUUUACAACACCGUCCUGAUCAUGUAGAAAAAUAUGAUCAAAUCGCGUAUGUAAAGAAAGGCAAAAAUAUUGAAUUGAAAAAGAAAAUCUUGCCAAGCUUGUUUGAAAGCGAAGAAAAUGAUGAAGGUGAAAAAAUUGAAGAAACCAAGCAGAUUAUUGGUAAGAAAAAAAAGAAAGGGAAAAAAAUUAGAUGUAAAAAGGGUGUAAUUGAACCGGAAGAGGAUGAAAAAAGUGAAAGUAUAGAGCAACAACAAAAAGAGAACGAAGAGUUUAUAAAUGGACACAUGGAAAAGAAGAAAAAGAAGAAGAAACAAACGCAAGUAGAAGCUUCUGAAAACACGAAAGAUCAUAAGGUGGUAGAUAUUAAAGAUACCGCGUCUGAAAAUAAACAAAAUAAAAAGAAGAAAAGGAAGAAGAAAAACAAGAAAGCACAAAGUAACAACAGUGCUGUUGAAAACAAUGAAGCCUUAACAAAGAUCAGUAAAAAAAGGAAACUUUCAACAAAUGCAAGCAAUGAUAAUAUUCCAAACAAAAAAAGGAAAAAAGAAUUUAAACAGAAAAAACAAACUCCAGACAUAUCUGACGCUAGGCUGUCAGCAUAUGGAAUUAAUCCUAAAAAGUUCAAAAAUAAAUUGAAAUAUGGAAAAUUGUAAUUGUUAAUUUUUACAUUUUAAUAUAAUGUUAUAUUAUUGCAAUGUUCAGAAUUCUUAUAAAAGUUACAGUCUUGUAUUUCUACAGAAUACACUUUCUCUGUGGAAUAA